AUACAAUCGUAAAAUGGCGGCCGAACUCCGCAGGUGCAGAAAUUCGACUAUUCUGUUUACCAACUGGGACAGUUAAACAUAAUUUAAAAAUAUUAUAUACGAUUUAAAACGAGAUCAGUUAUAGUUUUGUUUGAUUUUUUUAUGUUUUGCAAAAUAUACUGUACUUACAUGUCGAUAUGUUUCAUUUCCUCACUUUAUUUUGUAAUAUUUUCAACUUAACCGGAAGCACUUUGGAAAGCAGUUCUUCCCUGCUCAUAUCCACUCACGUUCAAGUACGGCGUUUAUCUCAAUGCCGCUAUCUUACUAGUGUUAGUAAGAAUAUUGUCAAAACAAUGCUGAUGUAAUUUUAUAAUCGUUUGGAAGUAAGUAUGGCCAAUGAAUGCCGUAUUGACUGGUCGAAUGCGUUAAAAAGGAGGUUAGCAAACGCGAACAGAGAUGAGAGGAGCGAAGAAGAAAAGAAAGCCGAAGAAAUGCAGUUAUUUACCAAAUAUUACUCUGAAUGGAAGGGUGGUGGCCACAACAAUAAGUCAUACGAGAGCAUUCCUCGAUUCUACUUCAAGCUACCAACAGAAGAGGAAGUUUUACUCCAGAAGCUGAGAGAAGAAUCCAGAGUUGUCUUUCUGCAGAGGAAAAGCAGCGAGCUGCUAGAUAAUGAGGAACUUCAGAAUCUGUGGUUUCUACUUAAGAACCAGGUGCCUCCGGAGAAUAGUGAAGAGGCUAUGAUCAGCUAUGAAGACUUCCUGCAGGUGGGCGACAUGGCUGGGCCCAAGUGCAAAAACCUAUUCACUGCCAGAGUAUAUGCCAAGCUGCUCCACAACGACCCUUACGGCAGGAUCUCUAUCAUGCAGUUCUUUAACUACGUCAUGAGGAAAGUGUGGCUGCAUCAGACCCGGAUAGGCCUGAGUCUGUAUGAUGUUGCGGGACAGGGCUACCUCCGAGAGUCUGAUCUAGAGAACUACAUUUUGGAGUUAAUCCCCACGCUGCCUCAGCUGGACGGACUAGAUAAGCCCUUUUACUCUUUCUACGUCUGCACUGCAGUUCGCAAGUUUUUCUUCUUCCUUGACCCACUUCGGACAGGAAAGAUUAAAAUCCAAGACAUCUUGGCCUGCAGUUUUCUCGAUGAUUUAUUAGAGUUAAGAGAUGAUGAGUUGUCUAAAGAGAGUCAGGAUUCCAACUGGUUUUCAGCACCUUCAGCUCUCCGAAUGUAUGGCCAGUACCUCAGCCUUGAUAAGGACCACAACGGCAUGUUAAGCAAGGAAGAGCUGUCUCGCUAUGGCACAGCCACGCUUACCUCAGUCUUCCUGGACCGAGUGUUUCAAGAGUGCCUAACUUACGACGGAGAAAUGGAUUAUAAAACAUAUUUAGACUUUGUGUUGGCCUUGGAAAACAAGAAGGAGCCAGCAGCAUUACAGUAUAUAUUUAAACUUCUGGACAUUGACAAUAAAGGACACCUCAACGUCUUUUCCCUCAACUACUUCUUCAGGGCCAUUCAGGACCAGAUGAAAGUGCACUGUCAAGUCCCUGUCUCCUUCCAGGAUGUCAAGGAUGAAAUCUUUGACAUGGUGAAGCCCAAAGACCCCUAUAAGAUCACACUCCAAGACUUGGUGAACAGUGGCCAGGGCGACACUGUUGCCAGCAUCUUAAUUGACCUCAAUGGCUUCUGGACUUACGAGAACAGAGAGAUGCCGGUCGCCAACGACAGCGACAGCAGCAACGCAGGCAGCAUAGAUGACUCCUAAACAAAGUGGACCGAGGGGCAUUUCUGGUUUACACUCCUUAACGAUGCUUUGCACCGUGGUCAAUAUUUGUGUUCCUAUUUGUAUUCUUCCUUUAUGCUGUUCAGAACUACUUUUUUAAAUUUUCUUAAAUACUGUAAAUAUUAAUGUCCAAAUAAUAAGCUCCAUCAUCAAAACCUUGAAGUUUGAAUUAAGUUAAGGUUUUCUGGUUAUAUGAGAUCUAGUGUUUAGGCACAAUUACAAGUAUCAACAGUUAAGGCUUGUUGGCACAUUGUAUUAUGGAUUGAAACUAUUGAGUUGACAAUAUUUAAAUACUUAUGGCACUCAUUCUGUCCUAAAAACUCAUAUUUCCAAUGAAAUUCAUGUUCAGGGGCAGCACGGUGAAACAGGGCUUAGUGCGUGUGCCUCACAAUACGAAGGUCCUGGGUUCGAUCCUGGGCUCGGGAUCUUUCUGUGUGGAGUUUGCAUGUUCUCCCCGUGACUGCGUGGGUUCCCUCCGGGUACUCCGGCUUCCUCCCUCAUCCAAAGACAUGCACCUGGGGAUAGGUUGAUUUGGUAACACUAAAUUGGCCCUAGUGUGUAAAUGUGAGUGUGAAUGUUGUCUAUCUGUGUUGGCCCUGCGAUGAGGUGGCAACUUGUCCGGGGUGUACCCCGCAUUCCGCCCGAAUGCAGCUGAGAUAGGCUCCAGCAACCCCGAACGGGACAAGCGGUAGAAAAUGGAUGGAUUCAUGUUCAGUCCUAGUAAAGACAAACGAUACAUCAGAUACCAUAUACAAAACGGUGUCUUUAUAAUGUAGGAGAAUUUUGAGACACCUUAUAAUGUAACACAGUGGAAUUGCGUGCUUCUUUUUACUCAGGAAAUCAGGUUAAAUAUUAAUUCAAUAUGAUUGAGACAUUUGGUGUGUUGUUUUGCAGACGUCUUAGGCCAUCUCCCUUUAACGCCGGUGAGGACCUUAUAUCAUGUGACAUUUUUACUUUAUUUUUUUUUACUAAUGUUUUUAAAUAUUUAAUAAAAUAUUCAUUUGCUCUCAUGUUUUCUGUAGACCGUUCAGGCAACAAACUUGUUGGGCUUACAUAUUUGACUAAAAGUAUAUUCCAUUUGUGACUGUAAUAGCUUAAAGACACUGAAUUUAACCAAGUAUGAUGUCUAUUUGCAUGGUGUGCGUGAAUGGAUUGAUCGAUGCGUAAUGGUACAAAGUGGAACAUUUAAUAAUCUUUGAUUUACUGAAGGCAUUAGGGUUACCCACCAGUUGCUGUCAAGUUUUCAGUCUUUACUUUCUCACUGUCAGGGAGAAAGGAGUGUCUGCAUGCCUUUCUCAGUUUUAUGAUUAUUAAACUUUUUUCAUGAGAUUUAGGGCAACAAGAAGAGGAAGAUCUCAUGAGGAAUUCCGACUGUUACUGACUUUCACACAUUUACAUUACCACCCUCACUGAAAAAAAAUGGAUAUCCAGGAAAGAACACUUCAAAAUCUGGAAAAGAAAAAAACUUUUAUUAAAUUAGUAUAAAAUGACAAAAUUCAUAAAUAUGGCCUUCAUCAGACUUGAAUGCCUGGAGAAUCCUCUUUAAGUAUAUUUACGUAUUGCAUACAGUAUAAUAAAAAUGAUCAGAAUAUCAUCUGAAACCAGUCUGGUAUAAGGUCAUUAUAUGGGAGAAGCUGCACAAGAAUUGAAGAUCUCAUAUGAAUGGCAGGUGGAGACCAAAAGUGAGCAGAAUACAACUCCUGGAAAUUUUGGGAAAAAACAGACUUGACACAAAUCUAUAGUCAUUUCAAAUAGCAACUUUCUGGCUUAAAAAAAACACUCCAAUAAAUCAAGAAAAUACAUUUUGGUAGUUACACGUUUCAUCUUUAGAUGAAUGAGAGUGAAAAAAAAUGGGGAGUCACUCAAUUUUAAGGAAAUAUUUAUGUAAUCACCCUUUAAAUUUUCAUUUCCUAAACCGACACCUGAAUCAGAUUCAAUAAGUUCAUUAGUCUGCAGUUAAAAAUGAGUGUUCACACUUAAGAGAGCUGUUGCACCAGGUAGAUUGAAAUGAACCAGUACUAGUGUUUUUUGUUUGUUUGUCAUGAUUCCACAAUUAUUUUCUCAGAAUUGAGUGAUGACAUAUUUUUUUUAUUUGCUUGAUCUAAAAAUGAAAUGUACUGACUACCACAAUUUGUUUUCUUGAAGCCAGAACUUUGCCAUUGAAAAUGACAAUAGUUUUUGUCAUGUCAUUGAAUGGUAUAAUUAUGACAGCAAAAACAAGACUGAAUGGCUAAAAUGUCAAUAAUAGUAAAGUCAUUCAAGGGCUCAAUAAAUGAAAACUAGUUAGACAUUUACCUUGGAUAUCAUACUGUAGGUCAAGAUGCAUACUAAUAUUCAUAAAUAGUGAUAAAUACUGUAUAUAAAAAGGGUCAGAUCCAGACAGGUAUAAGAUACAGUAUGUAUUUUAACAAAAUAGAAGCAUAGAAAAAUAUUAUUAUUAAACUUUACAAGUAAGUAUAUUAAGCGUUCAUUCCAGUUACUAGAAAUCUGUGAUUUUGUUAUAGGUUUUAUGUCAGUGGGUUCUCAGGAUGGGAGAGGACAAGGCACUGUGUUGUUGUUGGGAGCAUUUAGAGGCACUUCAGGCUCGUGCUCAAAGGAGACGUUUACAAAAGUAGUGCAUGGUACAGGCUGUUCAAAAGCGGGAGGAGGAGCACAAUCGUGCUUGUCGCUCUUUUUCUGCUGCUGCCCUGCAAACUGAAGCUCCGCCUCAUCAGCCAGACGGUUCUCCUCCUCUUCUUCUUCCUCCUGCAGGAUGACAACAGUCCAUUAAAUGACUCAACGGAAUAAGAUUGAUAUAAUAAUAUACCUACCUCCUUUUUCAUACGGUAGUACUCAUCAAUAGCGUACUGGUACUUUGGAGAAGUAAUGCCAAACAGAGAAGCAAGUCUUUCUCCCAUGUAGUCACACACUGCAGGACAAACAGUUACACAAUUAGAUAGAUAGUACUUUACAGAUUCCUUCAGGAAUUUUAAAUUCAAGCAGCAGUGUACAGAAUUGAGAUAUAAUUUAAAAAGUAAAUAAUGGGGGUAAAAAUGGAAAUAAAAUAGAAAAUAUUACUAUAAAACUAAAAAGCAACAAUAAGAAUACAAAUAUAACAGUAAAAAUAAGAAUAUAACAAGAGAAACUAGGCAGUAGUGACCAUGUUAUGAAAAUGUAUUGCACUGUUUUUUGUUGCAGUUUAUUUCAGUAUUGUUAUUUUUUUGCAUCCCCUGUCAUCCUAGUACCCCCCCUUCCCCCCAGAGGAGUUGUACAGUCUGAUGGUGUGUGGGACAUUUAUCAUAGGCGUGACUGCAUUUAUUUUGGCCUCUCCAGUGUUGUUUACCAUACAUAUUCGCGGUGGCCCACCACAGAUAAAUCUGGAACUAUCAUUUUUAAGAUUUGAUGCUAUCUGCUUGCUCACAAACACAUAAUAUGUGGUGGCUUGUACAGCCCUUUGAGACACUUGUGAUUUAGGGCUAUAUAAAUAAACAUUGAUUGAUUGAU